GUGACUCGGCGGCGCUCAGGUGACCACGCGCCCGCCCCGCUUCCGGCGAAGUGAUGGCGGCGAGGCUGGUGCCGUGUUUGCUGCUGUUCGGGCUCGCGGCGCGCGGGCCGGCGUCCAAGAUGAAGGUGGUGGAGGAGCCCAACACAUUCGGGCUCAACAACCCGUUCCUGCCCCAGACCAGUCGCCUUCAGCCCAAGAGGGAGCCUUCACCCGUGUCUGGGCCCGCGCAUCUCUUCAGACUUUCUGGCAAGUGCUUCAGCCUGGUGGAGUCCACGUAUAAGUACGAGUUCUGCCCAUUCCACAAUGUGACCCAGCAUGAGCAGACCUUCCGCUGGAACGCCUACAGUGGGAUCCUCGGCAUCUGGCAUGAGUGGGAAAUCACCAACAACACCUUCAGGGGCAUGUGGAUGAGGGACGGCGACUCCUGCCGCUCCCGUAGCCGGCAGAGCAAGGUGGAGCUUACCUGUGGAAAAAGCAACCGAUUGGCUCAUGUGUCUGAGCCAAGCACCUGUGUCUAUGCACUGACUUUCGAGACGCCCCUUGUCUGCCACCCCCACUCCUUGUUAGUGUACCCUGCCUUGCCCACGGCCCUACAGCGGAGGUGGGACCAGGUGGAGCAGGACCUGGCUGAUGAGCUGAUCACGUCCCAGGGCUACGAGAAGUUGCUCAGGGCACUUUUUGAGGAUGCUGGCUAUUUAAAGACCCCAGAAGAAAGUGAGUCUGCACAGCAGGAAGGCAGAGUCCAGGGCCUGGUGUUUGAGUCCCUGGAGAGCUGCAACAAGGCACACAAAGAACUGUCAAAGGAGAUUAAAAGACUUAAAAGUGUGCUGACCCAGCAUGGCAUCUCCUACACGAAACCUACGGAAACCUCCACCUCUGAACACUUGGGCUCCAAGACACCCAUAGCCAGGACAGCAGAGCAGCUACAAGGUGACCCAGGGUUGCGUGGGAACACCUUGUGACCUGGGACUGGCAUCCUACAGCAGGAAGGAGGCAGACCGGGACCCCGGUGCAGAACGCGCAGUCCCGGGAAAAGCAGUACAGGUGGAGGACACACAUUCUCUGUGCCAUCCCGUCAGCAGCUCUCAGGGCGGGGCUCAUAGAUGCAGGCAAAUAAAGAUUCAAAGUUUUAAUUAAUUCCCAUACUGAUAAAAAUAAUUCCAUGAAUUCUGUAAACCAUUGCAUAAAUGCUAUAGUGUAAAAAAAUUUAAACAAGUGUUAACAACUUUAAACAGUUCACUACAAGUAAAUGAUUAUGCAUUAUAAAUACUA